UAUUCACAAUAAUUACAGAGUUAUGGUUUAUCGCAUUUACGUCGAUGCAGUCGAUCGAUCUAACGUCUUUUAUACAUUGAUCGUAAAUGUUUUCUUUUUUCUUUUUUUCGUUCAGUUAUACAACCCUUUCUUUUUUUUCUCUCUCUCUCUUUCUAUCGCAGAAGCGGCGAGAAUCGUCAUAUGAUUUCUGAAAUAAAAUCAAGUGCACAUCGCGUUUCGAAGAUGGCCGCGGUACAAUGUGAAUCGAAAGAUGACGAUUCCGAAUCGGACUUGUCGAAAUCACCGGUAUUCUCUAGCAAAACCGUUGAAGCGAUAGAAGAGCAUGACAACACCGGACUACCUUUACAAUCUUCCUGGACAUUUUGGUUGGACAAAGCUAUUUCUGGUACAACUGCCGAAGAAUAUAAAGCCAAUUUAAAGAAGAUUUAUACUGUGAAUACUGUACAAAGCUUUUGGGCAGUCUUCAAUAACAUACCAAAUGCUGCUGAAAUACAGGUUAGAUAUAGUUACCAUCUGAUGAGAGAUGGUAGAUAUCCUAUAUGGGAAGAACCUAUCAAUCAAAAAGGCGGAACAUGGAGAUUAAAAUGUCAUAAGAUUGACACUGCAAAAAUUUGGCAGGAAGUAGUACUUGCAGCGAUUGGAGAGCAAUUUGCUGAAUGCGUGGCCGAAGGCGAUGAAGUCUGCGGUGUAACGGUCUCUAUCAGGGAUAGAGAAGAUCUGAUACAAGUAUUUCUAUUUUCUUUUAUUUGGAAUGUAAAUGCUGCCUUGGCGCCUAAAGCUACGAUUCUACAAAGGGUUCACGUCCUUCUACCAGAAGUAAAUUUUCUUACUGAAUUUUAUAAAGCUCAUCAAUCCCAUCAUGCGUAUGGUCGAUGUUAAUGACAUACAGAAAGAAGAAAAGAAACUGUUUGGUUAAAUAUAUAAUUCUACUUGAAAGAAAUAUAAUGCUAAUAAUAAUAAUAAUAUUAAUAAUAAUAAUAAUGUAAUAUGAAAUAUAAUUAGAUAAAAUUCUAUCAAAGUCUUCCAUAACUGUAAAGCCAAAACAAAAUUACUGAAUCUUUUUAACUUUAAUAUUUAUGAAUGAUACACGCAUAAGUAAUUUUUAAACAUUGCUUACGCCACAUAUUGUGUAUGUUAAAAUUAAACCUAAAUGUUAUAUUCGCUUAUUGCACCAUACAAUAACAAAUAUAUUUUUAUAUAUCUGCAAUUUAUCUAAUUAUGUGUAUAUGUUUAUGUUAUAUGAGAAUAAUGAUAUAUGAGCUCUGUUCUAAUGUGUAGAGACAGUACAUGACUAUCGUCAUGAGCUGAACGUGAACUAUAAAUAAUUUUUUAUUUGACUAAUAGAAAUUUUUUAUAUACAGAUACAUGAACAAAGUAUAUUUUUAUAAACGUAAAUAUUGCUUUUAUCUUAAAUUUAAUUUUAACCAUAUCUCAACAAAAUCUCGUUUCAUACGAUCGUAGUAAUGUCAAUCAAUUAAUGUGAUAUUGGUAGUCAAAAAUGUUAUUUCCAUUGACGUCAACAACGAAAUGUUUUAAAAUGAAAACACAUUUAUGUAGGAAUUCCGAGAUCAUUAAAUUACAUCUAAAUCGUUUUUAAUGUAUUCGUCGCGCAUUCUUUCGAGAUUGAUGUCAUCGAAGUUUCUUCUAUUUUCAAGAAAGAAAAAAAAAACGAUCGUAAUAUACGCACAUCUCUAAUCUUUAAUUCAAUCUACAAAUUUAUUUAUAUGUUUUUUAUAGAGAUUAAUGACCUAUCAAAAAUAAUUUUUAUCUAAUGACUUUGUAGAUCAAAUAUAAGAAAGAAAGUCAUUUUAUUAGGGAUUUUACCUACCACCAUAAAAAAAAAUAAAAAAAGAAAAAGAAAAAUAAAAAAGAAGAUAAAUUCCGUUACACGUUCUAUCUCUCUCAUUAUUAUUCAAUUUAGUAUUCGGACUAAAACGAGCAUGCAGAUUUCGAUAAAUAUCCGAAAGGUAUGGAUGAGGAGAGUCUGAUAGCGGUCGGUUUGGCGCCAGUAGUGAAAUUAGCAUGUGUUUUAUUUAUGACACCAUUAAAGAUUUACUAAGCCUUUAGGUAUGUAUUUGGAAACCGAUGACAGAUAUACCUACAGGAUCCAUGAACCAACAUUAAAAUUUGUUCGCAUAUUGAUAGUCUUAAAUAACGUUGAUUUAUUAUUUUCUCGCUAAUUAACAAUGUUAAACGAUACAAAAAUUAUUCUUACGAGUGACAAUUAUUUAUAUAUUUCUAUCGUCGAACGAAAAUGUGAUGUUAAGUAAUAUACUCGAUCGGUACUAUUAUAAUAAAUUUUCGAAAAUAUA